UGUAGGUAAUAAUAAAUACAAAAGGGGACAAGUUCAUAUAGACAAUUACCUACAUCUAUUAGUUUUUCACUAUAAUCAUUCAGGGUAUUCUAAUUUCCUAAAUGGAGAAAUGGGAAAACCAUGACCAACGAUGGGUAGCUAAAUUAUAAAACAUUAACUUAUGAAUUUUAUUGCAACAGUCUGUUUUAUAUGUUGGUCGGCGUCAAAACAGAGAGUAAAUACGGAACUUUUUUUGACUAAACUUGAUUUAUUGAAUUUAACAUUCUGUUAGAGAAAUCGAUUUUUAAAACGCAAAUGUUUGUGUAUCUAUAUAUUUAAAAGAAUUUAAAAUAAUGGUGUUACUUGAAAUAAUAACUUUAUUAUUGAUUGUGGCACAACUGAGUCCUGCUCUUUGUUUUACAUUUGGAGCAGCGGAUACUAACGCACAACAAAAUUAUCCAAGCCCAGAAUCAAGACAAUUGAUCCAAGGAACAGUUCCAUCGUUGGUUGGCACAGUAACAACAUGUGUAUGCGUCCCACCCGGAUCUUGUGUUACCCAACCGAAUCCAUCAGGAAAUACCGAUGGCAGUGGUCAGAUUGACAUACGUAUUGUUAAUAAUGUGAAUCCUCAAGCACCACAACCUUAUCAAUCAACAACGACUCCUGUUACAUGUUUGUAUGGGCUAGUUCAAUGCUGUACACCCGGACCUUAUCAGUGUGGAAGGAGAUAUCCUCCACCGCCAGGAAGUCCAGCAAACGCCGUUGGCCAAGCAGCAUUUGGAGCUUAUCCAUGGCAGGCAGCAAUACUUACAACUGGGGAUGUUUACUUGGGUUCUGGAGCUUUGAUAGAUAGGAGGCACAUUUUAACGGCAGCCCAUAAAGUAUUGAAUCUGCCGACUACUUCGUACAAAGUUCGUCUCGGAGAAUGGGAUGCAGCAUCGACAAGAGAAACCAUUCCAGCUGAAGAUAUUACAAUCCUUAGUGUUUACAUUCAUCCGAAUUUUAAUAAAGAUAAUCUUCAAAACGAUGUUGCCAUUUUGAGAUUGAGUACUCUAGUAAACUUAGGGCAAAAAUCAACAAUUGGUACAGUUUGUCUUCCGACUACAUCAUUUGUCGGAAUGCGAUGUUAUGUAGCUGGCUGGGGAAAAAAUGAUUUUGGACCAAGUGGAGCAUAUCAAGCAAUUCAACGUGAAGUUGACGUACCUCUUGUGACAAAUGCAGCAUGUCAAACAGCUUUAAGAAAUACAAGAUUAGGAGCAAAUUUCAUACUUAACGAUGCUAGUUUUAUUUGCGCGGGUGGAGAAAACGGAAAGGAUGCAUGCACGGGUGAUGGAGGUUCUCCAUUAGUAUGUCAAAAUAAUGGAAUUUGGUACGUUGUCGGCAUGGUGGCAUGGGGUAUUGGAUGUGCGACAGCAGGUAUCCCUGGUGUUUACGUCAAUGUUGCCACGUAUUUGCCUUGGAUUCAAACAACAAUACUUACUCCUUAGUUUUAAUAUUAUACUCAUAUAUUAAAUAUAAUCAUUAUCACUGUAACUUAUAGAAAUACAAAAAACUCAAAUUUACUACCUAAUUUGGUUCUAAUA